GACAGCGCUGUAUCAAUCCACAGGAAGACAACAAGGCUGCAAGAUGAAGUCUCUCUCUGGCGCAGUGGCACUGGCCCUCCUAGCUGCUGUGACACUCAUGUCACCCACCACCGACGCCAAGGUUUUCACCAAGUGUGAACUCCUGCAGAGGAUGAAGCCUGAAAUGCCCAAGACCAUGCCCAACAUCGAGGAGAUCAUGGCAAAAGCUAUCUGCAAGGUGGAGAAGACCACCGGCUUCGACACCACCCGUGUCAACCCCUCCAAGACCCUGACCCUGCCUCCCGAGGUGCUGAAGCUGGUGGGCCUGGGCGGAGGACUAGGGGACGGCAGCAGGCAGAACCAGUCAGCGCCAGGCGGGCUGCCGGCCGGACCCCGACCCGGCAGCCCUAACGGGCCCCCCAAUCCACCCCCCGGAAACUCCAUCAAUUUAGGGGACCUGUUCGGGAUCUUCCAGCUCAGCAACCGCUUUGCCUGCAGCGACGGAAUCACUCCCUCGCACAACGUGUGCAGCAUGGACUGCAACAAGCUGAUUGAUGAUGACAUCACCGACGACAUCACUUGCACGAAGACGCUCAUUACGCUGAUGAAGCAGAAACUACCUAAUACUCCCGAGGCCAUGAAGACUAUGCAGACAAUGAUGGAGUCGAUGUUCAGCGAAAUUGACUGCCUUACUAAGGACCCGGCUGUCUAUUUCGCCGGCUGUUAAGUCAGCCCUCCAAGCAGAGAGGACCCGUAGAAAUACAGAGAGAAUCAGUAGCGUCCAUCUUUAUCUCUAAUCAUACUUAUUAUGUCUGGGCAAAUGCUGUCACUAUGUUAUGAAAGUAUCAUACUCAAUGAAAACCAUUAAUAUGUCGCGUCACCUUUUUGCCCUGAAGAGAAGACGGACGGAGAAGCCAUCAUUUCCAACUGCUUUUACCUCACUUAAUCACCUCCUUCCAUUGUGUUCAAAUCAGGUCUGUUCCGUGUUUCAUUAUAAAGUGACAGCUUCAAGCCUUUCUGCUAUAGCCUUUGAUGGGACUUUUCUAUUUCUUUCAAUAAACAUUAUGUUUAAACAUUA